GUCUUUUUCUGAAUCGAUCCCAUUUUGAAGCUCUACCUCCCUCUGCCAGACCACCGCAGCGCCCAAUUGCGCAAUCUGAGCUGCUCGACCACAUUCUGACUACCGCACCACACCACACCGCACAUCUCAUCUACACACAACAAUGAGCGCCCCGCCGCAAAUACCACCCCGUCCAGCGCGGGCCCAGAACUCGACGCCCAACUCGGCCCACAUGGACGUCCCCAAGAUCCCCCCGCGUCCGAAGCGCAGCGUCGACCGCUCCAUUUCCCCCGGCCGAGACGCCUUCGCUCGAUCUCCACUCAACGACCCGUCGUUCCUCCACACUAAACCGCCUCCCAAGGACUCGCAUCUCAGUGCCGAGCUGCCGGCCCGCCCACCCAGCGUCAGUUUGCCUUCGCUCGGCCAGGAAGGCUCCGAGUACGCGAGCUUCGAGGACCUCUCCAAGACGCUCUCGAACCAGAGCCAGAACGGCGAAGCGCCCGAACAGACGAAGCAGGUGGCCGGCGACCUGCCGCUCCAUGCGCCCAAGGCGUCUCUCCCGGCCUCAUCCGCCAAGACCAGGAUCCAAACGGUGACGCGCACCGAUUCCGAUCAAGCUGCGGCUGCUGGCUUUGGCAAGACGCUGGCCCCGGAAGGAAAGCCUUCGGGCGACUCCAGUCGCUCCGUCUCCUCACGCCCAAGCUCCAUAUACAGAGAGGAGGAGGAACAUGGCAUUCCUGAGAUUGGUGUCCAGGUGCCCAUGUUCCGGAACGCGGGAGACGUGCAGGCGCCCACUCCUUCGCCAUACGAGACGGCGAUUCCCACGGGCGUGGGCUUCUUCAACAAGGGAGACAAGCCCCGCCAUCACAGCAGGACCAAGAGCGGUCGUGAAAUAUUCCACGGUCCUCCUGGUAGCUACGGUCUGCACGGCCACGGCAAGAUUGGUAACGACGAGUUCGAGCAGAAUUGGUACAAGAAGCACCCCGAGGACUUGAAGCGCGAGAAGGCCGGCGAGUAUGGCCCGCACAUUCAAGAGAACAGGAAGGAUUACCACUGGGGAGGGGAGAAACUUGACAAGUUGGUGCGCAAUGCUAUUGUCGAGGGCUACGGUCUGGGUACUUCAAGAGAAGCUGUCAGCACUCCCGACGAGCAGAUUGGUUUCUUGGCUAGCGAGGAAUAUGCCUCGCGCAUGGCCUCUCCGAGGCCUAAGUCAUCUGGUCGUCCUGCUUCAAUCAGUGAGAAGUCAGGAGCACCUGUUGCCGAGUCCCCUCUGCGCCAGGCGAAUUUCCCCACCGACGUCCUGAGCAAGCAGAAGACGAAUGAAAGUGAAGCUGAAGAAGAUGUCAUCCACAUUGAUCCUCCGAAUCGCCGUGAGAAUAAGAUCCAUGGUGGUGGAUUUGACCCGUCUACGCACGAUCUUGGCCGACAGGGCGGAAACACAGACGAGAAGGGUGGAUGGGUCUCAGAACGCGGCUACGGUACUCCCAUCCUAGCGUCUGACGAGAUCAAGAAGGAUCCUGAAUCUGAGUGGAGGCAACCCGCAAUUCCUCCUGAGCUGGAGCGUCGUGGCAGUGGCGACUACACUGUCAAUGACGAUGCUACGCCGUCCUACAUCACCAAACAACGCACUCACAGUCGCCCUCAUAGCAGGAGUUCUAGCAGGAAUAGCAACCAUGCCAACCCAGCGCGAAUCAUCUCCUCACCGCAGUUCGACCGGAGCGGAACCCCUCUUGACUCAAUGAAGGAGUACGAGCCUCUCUUCCCUGAAGAUGACGAAGAUCCGAAGAAAGCCAAGACCCCUAUCGACAAGAUCAAGAAGCGUCCCGACCUCGCUCGCCACCAAUUCCCCAGCCAAGACGUAUGGGAAGAUACCCCAAGCAGUCUUCAGCUGGAGACCACUGUAGAUACGGCUCAAGAUCCUGAGGAACCGAAAUCCGCGGCAGCCGAGCCGGAUGCUAGCCAAGUCUUCGAGAAACCGCAGACUGAGCAAGCGCGUAAAGAGCACAUCACUAAAGAGGACCAGCAGUCGUUCUUGCCCGAGAACACCAAGAAGUUCGCCAACAAACAUCUGAAGAACGCAUCUGAGGGUCGCCCUGGGGUGCAGCGCUUCCCUAGCCAGGACAUCUGGGAAGACUCUCCCGAGCACUUCCACCUCGAAACCACCGUCAGCACCCCUCAAACGCCCGAGACGAACGAGUAUGCAGAUGAUUCUUCUGUGGUCGAGAAGCCAAGCAUCCCAGCGAGGCCCAACAUCCCCGCUCGUCCACAGGCCGCAAAGGAAACGUCACCCGUGGAUAAAAAGGCGCCCGUCCUUCCUGAGCGACCCAAGCCGCAAGUCCCCGCCCGCCCCAGCAAACCCCUGACCAAGUCUUCCGACAAGGUCCCGACCGUCGGCGCCUUUCCCGACGACAAGGGCAACGUUGGUUCCGAAGCCCAGCAACAAGCCCAGCAACCAAAGGCCAAACCCCCCGUCCCCGCGCGUCCCGGCGGCUCCAAAAUCGCCGCCCUCCAAGCCGGCUUCCUCAAAGAUCUAAACUCCAAGCUCGGCCUCGGCCCGCCAAAAGUCAAAGAACCUGAGCCAGAGAAAGAAGAGGAGAAGGAGCCGCCCAAGCCCCUCGAGGACGCGCGCAAAGGCCGUGCUAAAGGUCCGCAGAGGAGGAAGCCCACUAAGUCGCCCACACCUGCGGCUGCGGCGACGGGUGCCGGGGAUGGAGGAGCGCAAUCAUUGAGUGUGGGUGUGGUGAGCACGCUGUGGCAAAUUGGUGACAGUGGCGAGGUCGAGGCCCCUGCUGCCGAGCUGGCUGCCAAAAUGCAGAACGCGUUGAAGCCGACUACCUCCGCCACUUCGUCUGCAUCGGACUCGCUGGCGCUGCCUGUAACUGGCGCUGAGGAGUUCAAGGAGACUGAGGAUAUGGAAGUUCUCGAGCAGGAGGAGCACGUUGAGCUGGGCGAGGCGUCGCUUGAGCCUGCUGCUGUCAAGGACACGGAACCUGCCGCUGCGAGUGCUGCUGUCGCGGAACCUGCGUCCGAUGAGCCUGUCGAGGGGCAGACGGUGGGACGUACCGACGCCGUUACUGUGGAGCCUGCUGAUGCGGAUCCGCUGGUUGAAGGCAAGGUGCCUGGUGGUGUGUCUGGUGAGGAGGUGCGGGAGAUCAAGAAGGAGAUCAAGGAGGAGACGAGGGAGAAGCUGGCGGUUGGUGGGGGCGAGGAGAAGGCUGCCGAGGUGUGAGGGGUUUAUAGAAACGAAAAGUUGCGCUGGGAGGGAAAGGGUAGGAAGGAGGUCCUUUGACGUUAGCGUGCAUGGUGGGUGGAUGGAGGAUUCGUUUGGUCUGGUUGUGGUAGGUAGGAUAUGAUUGCAGGUGGUAUAUCUAGCUAGCUGAUUUGAUUGGGU